AUGGGUGGAUGGGACAUUGCGCAUAUCCUUGAGCCACACGGCGACGUGUACAUCACCAGCAGUACCGUUGUGCGGCACAAAGUUGGGAGCGAUGGCCGGGAGUUGGAUUUCUUUCCGGAUGGGUACGACGUGCAGCUGGUGCUCUCCUCUAAAAAUCUCUACAAGAUACGGCUGCGCCACCCGCCUCCACCAUCUCCUUCCUCUUUCUUGUCGACAAGGUCAGAGGAUAACAAGAGAGGGGAAGAGGAGGAGGAGGCACAACGACAACAAAAGUGGAGAAGGGGAGACGCCUGUAGUACACCACCACCAGAGAUGAUGUGGCGUGAGAGCCUCGGGCAGAUUCGGGCGGUAGUCCCGCUGUACAAUCACCCCUCGCGUGCGUGGGCCGCUGAGCGCAAUGAAGCUGGCGCCAACUGCCACGGUUUUGUCAUUGAAUACUUCAGCACACAGAAGGGACCUAAACCGUCCUCGCAGCGCACCUUGUUGCAGCGAUACAUGAAGGAGGUGCAGUGCCGCUGCGUGGACGACGUGUUCACGGAUGUGAAAGUGACAGCAUCCGACGGUACUCCUGGCAGUCUGCGAGUGCGGGAGUUUCACGUCGGUCUUGCGCGGCCGCGGCAGUCCGCGAAGGCGCUGUAUAUUUCCAGUGAAGGCUCCCCAUUCUUGGAGCAGGAAUGGUGUUGCGUCUUCCGUGAGGCGCAGAUGAAUUACUGGCAUGAGCGGCUUGAGGCCAGCCUCAUCGAGGAGCCAGAAGUGUUUCAGUAUCAAAUCUACGCCAUGGAGUUCCCUAGUAUGACCACUUCUACUGCAGACGGGACGGCAAAGCAAGAGCAACCACUUCUUUGUCAACUUGUGCUCUCCACGGAACGUCUCUAUUUUGUCCCUAGGUACGAUGCCAAGUUGCUGGCGGUGGAACUGCCGCUUCAUCAUAGUGAGAUGCACUCGCGGUGGUUUACCGUCGCCGCGUUGGAAUCUAUUUCCUUCAACUCCCAGACGGGUGUCAUUGUGUGCACUGGACAUCAGCAACAUGGCGGACCGCAGCACGACGAUCCGCGCAUGUGUUGGGGCCCGGCGUAUGUGAAUUCUGUAGCUGAGCCCAAUAAAGCGGUGACGCUCACGCUCGGCUUUUUCAGUGUAACGGAGGCGGAGGAGGCAGUGUUGGAGAUCCAGCGCGUGUGGGAACUGACCCACCAUGAUGAGGAUUUCCCAUUUGCAUGA